AGGACAACUCUUCGUAUACAUUCAGCAUUGCCUUGUGCUUGCCAGGUCCGAUGUUAGAAAAUACCCUAAAUCGCUGAUGCGAGACACCUCUCCGCAUCUCUUGCGAGCACGCCAGCUCUGAGAAGUCGGAUCGGAGCGAUCAAUAGCUUGAGUGCGAUCGAUACACGCAAGCUAUUUGUACUGAACGAGAAGAAAGAUUAUGUCAUAAAUCAUGUGACCUAAUGGCACGUGACCAAGAGAUAUGAUAGCCGGAGCAUCGCAUCGUCUGGUGCCUCGCGAUGCACUCCGUCGAUCUUUUUUGCAUAAUGUGAGCCGGAUAGCCCUCCCGAUCCCAUCUCUGCUUCAAUUGCCAACCAGGUUUCCCCGCAAGCCUCCCGCCAUGUUCUCCGGCCGACAUUCACGUCUCCUGCGACAAUGUCGCAUACAUUACCGACCGGAAACAAUCCCCCGUCCGGGCACCCUUCCUCCACCGGGCCAUCUCAUCCGCCAUCCCCGACCCACGAGCGGGAAAGUCCAGUCUUUCCAUACAACCAUUUCCAAAAAUGCAGCGCGAUCCCCCAUCGCUCGAAAUACUCAAUCAAGAAGGGUGCGCUCUCCUAUGUCAGAAGAGGGUAUUUUCCAACGCAUUGUUGAUGGCAAUCUCCCACAAUCCCUCCAAAGGCUGGAAGCGAAUGCGGAGUAUCAUUACGAGAAGUGGAAGGAAACCUACGGCUUCAGCGGGAGUUAUGAGCGCGGGAAGGUUAGCCUCCAGGUGUAUAAAAGGGUUGCAAAGACCCUGCUGCAAACCGCCUAUUCCGAGCCUCCAUCGGCUCGUGCAAUUCGCAACAUUUCGACAGAUGUCGACACAAUCUGGAACAUUUCCAAAUGUCUAUUCGACCCGGCUAACGACGCCAUUUAUUUUUGGCUCGUAAGCGCAUGCGCUCUCGCGGGCUCACCAACGCCCAGUCUUCUCGUCGCAAACGUGUACCUGAGCAUGCUGAAUCAGAAUGAGUACCCCCUACGGACUCAAAUCCUUGACCAAGUCGAAACAAUGGCACUCCGCAACCACGAACCCCGUGCUAUGCUCCUUCAGUCGCGUGUCCUAAUAAAACGGGGGGAAUAUAAGGACGCGAUGGCGCUGAUGGACCACCUUAUGACAGUCAUUUACCCGGCAAACCGGGUAGAGGGGGCUGAGACGCCUCUUACCUUCCAAAAAUGGACACCUUUACCCGAUGUGUAUACGAAGUUGCAGCAGAAGUUGAAGGAGCAGGGAAUUGAUUGGGGCCUUAGUGAAGAAGAGUCCCUUCGUCUCUUCGCAGUGGACUAUCAGAUACCCGCUCACCUUCCUGCUUAUGCGUCGAUGAUGUUCCGGAAGGGUGACCUGGAAGCGUACGAACGGUACAUGAAUCAAGCUGCGACUGCUGGUGUGUCUGGGGCUUGUCACUCAUUGGGCAGUUUCUACUAUCUCACUGCUAGGGGACGGUUCCCUCGUCGUGGAGAUGUGGGCUUCGUUCAGCCGGCAGAUGGAAUAUUAGAUGCAGAACCGUGCUGGGAAAGCAGCUGGUCUCAAUACCUGCAGGGUGUGCAUUCCUACAAGCAUUAUGAUAGGCUAGCUCGGCAGUGGUUCGAGUUGGGCAUGGCUGGAAAGGAUGACCGCUCUUCGUUGAUUCUCGCCCUCCUGCACCGAAGGGCUGGUAACUUCGGGACAGCGCAGAAAUGCUACGAGUCGUUGAAGCAUUCCCCUCGUCAGGCAGUCGACAGAUUAACCGCCGACGAACUCGCCCUGUGCUGGACUAAUCCUUAUCAUAUUAUCGAAGUCCCAGAGUGUUUACUUCAAGUUGAAUAUCACCCCGACCACGCCGAAUGGGGAGAACUUCCUGGCUACAACGUGUAUGUUAGAUAGGACGGAAACAUACUACGCAACAUGUACUAUAUUGUCAGCGCAUUCCCAGUGCUUUUGUUUCCAUAUAUCUACAACUUAAAUGACAUUGGCGACCAUGACGCAACACAUCCCGCAUCACGUGAACGUACCCGCAAGAUCUUCCCCCC